AUGCCAACUGACGUCGUGAGUUUCACAAUUUUUAAUGAAAAAUAAAAUAAAUAGAGUUCAAUUCAAUAAACAUGAUUGUGGAGUUCGAAUUUCGGAAAAUAAACCCGUAAUUUUCAAGUUUCCUUAAACAUAGACAAAUUAUUAGAAAAGUCUUUUCAUUUCAAAUUUUCAACUAUAUUGGCGUUGAGAAUCCUAUUUUUUUUUUCAAAUCUCACAUGAAUAUCUUUAAAAUUUUCCCCUGCCCCUUUAAUAAUUGAGAAUAUUUAACUUGGUUCGCCAUAAUUUCAAAGAAUCUGACUUGUCUGCGCUCUCUUUUCACUUGCCUCGGAGAAGAAAUGAGAAAAAACCAACACAUGACGACCCAGAAUGUCUGCAGUCGUAAAAAAAAAUCAUUUUAGGAUUACACGAACUCAAUAAAAACAAUAAAAACAAAUCUUAAAAGUCUGUUAUUUUUUCAACUCCUCAAAACAAAAACAGGAAGAACUGACCCGGACGGUCCGUCAAGGACUGGUGUUGUCUCGAGGAGACCCCACCCUGCAGCAGUACUUUUCCGCGGCUCUCGACAUGCUCCAGCUCCGGAAGGAAGACUCCAAGAAGGUGACGUAAUCUUAAAGUCGUUCCAUUGCUCACCUUACAGCUCAACGUCAUUUUCUGGGACAUUUCCUCUUUCGAGCACAACCAGAAACAACUCGCCAAGUUCAUUCGGUUCCAAAGGUACUGAAAACGCUGGUCUCCCUUUGAAAACGGUUUCAGACCUGAUGUCAUUCUUCUCAACAAGAUCCGCUGCUCAGAGUACGAGAUCCAAGCUUUUGCACGGAAUCAUCGCUAUGAGGCGGCGUGAGUUUUUUAUACCCGAUUCAAAAAAAAAAAAAAGAUUUUGAACAUCAAAAGUUCUUUCACAACUAGCAAAAAAUUUUUUAAACUGAAAUUUGAAAAAAAAAAGAUAAAGAAGAAUAAAUAAUGGAGCCCAGGGUGAACAUCAGCCCCAAUGCCGGUGUCGCGAUUCUCUUCGACUCGCGCAAAAUCGCCGCUUACAAACAACACGCAGGCAGUAUAGUUUGCGAAGAGGUUAACUUUAUCUCUAUCAAUUUAUAAUAUCAUGUUGUGAAGGACCCAAGCAAGAACGACAUCGAAUGGGUUUGGAUCAACUUCCUGUUCAACCGUCACUACUACCGUCUUGCUUGCAUCUAUUGCGAUGCCGACGCGAAAAAAGUGAUUGAGCAAACAUUUUUGUUAAAUAAUCUAAGAAAAUAUUGAAACUAUUUUUUCAGGGCGACAUAAAUUCUGCCAUCCAGGGAAUGUGCUUGGAGAGACAUCGCUGCUACGUCGUCGGAAAUUUCAAUAGGAAAAACUUCAAGUAAGCAAUCUGAGGUCUUAUUGAUGAACAUUUACGCAGCGUAAAUUAAUUAAUAAUAGGUUUAAAGUAAAUGUGAGAGCGUUGUUGGGUUCAAAAUAGUUGAAAUUGAAACUUUUCCUCGGAUAGGCUGGAAGUGUCAAAUAGGAACGAAGGUUUUUAUCUGCUGACUAUUUUCACUGCGUAACUUUUCAUUCAUAUCUACUCUAUCCUACAGGCCAAAAAUUUACCAUCUUUGUCGGAUAUUUCACGAUGCCCCAAGUUGUUCCGAGAAAAGAAAGAAAGCCUCUUGACGACCAUUUCGCUUCAAGACAUUUCACGUUCUUUCUUUAUAAGCUACUUCAAAAAGUGUAAAAAUUACCGUAACCGCAGAUGCAACGAUAUGCGUAACGUGAUCGAAAACCAGCCGACCUAUGCAAAGCUACGGACACACGGCGGCGUCGUCGUCUCUGCCGACUACGCCAGGUACUGUAGUGUUCAUUUCUACCGUAACCACAUAAGUUAGUCGCUCGGGGAUACUGUGUUCGCCUGCCGAUUCAUGUCACGUCAACGUCCAGCCGCCCAAAGAGCCGUUUUUCGUCAACUACGCUCCCAGCAACGAAAAGUUCCAUUUCAUCUUGCCUUUCUUCAUCCAGAGCGAGCAGGACUGA